AUGGCCAAGACUCCCAAAUGGAAGGCAGACGGCGGCGGCGACAAGCGGUCCAAGGCGGAGAGGAAGGCGGAGGUGAGGGAGAAGAAGGCCAGGCUGAGGAAGAACUACGCGCUGGUGCAGGAGAUCGUGUUCAUCUGGGAGAAGCUGAGGCCAAGGGAAGUGACGGCUGAACAGAGGGGCAAGCUGGUGACCCUGGUCCUGUCCAAGGUGCGUGGCCGGGUCCUGGACCUGGUGACCAACCACAGGGCGUCCCGGGUGAUACAGUUCUGCCUCAAAUACGGCUCGGACGUCCAGAGGAGGCAGAUCCUGGAGGAGGUGCGCCCCAACGUGCUGGAGCUGGCGAAGAACAAGUACGGGCACCACCUGGUGCAGAAGCUUGUCAACAAGUCGCCCAGGGAGGACCUUCCCAAGCUGGCGCGUCUGUUCGAGGGCCACGUGCCCUCCCUGCUCAAGCACCAGUUCGGCUGCGACGUGAUCAACGAUCUGUACUUUGUGGCGGACAGGCGGCUCAAGGGCCUGCUCCUGCGGGGCUGCUACAGCAAGAGGUUCGCCAUGGCGCUGGAGGCUGAGGGCGAAGGGGGGGCGGGGGUGAAGGGAAGGGCUGACGACUCCCUGGGGAAGCUCCUGACGGAGGAGAGCGGCUUCAAACGGGCUCACAUUAUGCAGGACUUGUACAAUCUGGUGCACCCCGUGAUCGAGAAGGGGCUGGUCCAUGGCCCCAUGAUGCACAAGCUGAUUGUCGAGUACCUGCUGAACGCACCCUCAGCCUUCGUCGAGGAAGUGGUUCAGACGAUGGCGGAGGUGGGUGACGCUGUGAUGAAGAUGGUGCAUACGAGGGAAGGGGCCAGGGCGUCAGCCAUGGUGGUCGCCUACGGGACCCCCAAGACCAGGAAGGCUGUGGUCAGGAACUUCAAGGGCUACGUGAGGGAGGUCGCGAUGGAUGAGUGGGGCAGCACGGUUCUGGCGACGGUGCUCGACAGGGUGGACGACACGGCCCUGACAAAGAAGGUUGUGGUGCCUGAGGUUAGGAAGUGCUUGGGGGAGCUGCUGCUGGACCGCUGCGGACGGCGGGUGGUGCUCAAUCUGCUCAACCCUGGCUCCAGCCUGUACUGGCCUCCGCACCUGCUGAAGAUUAUGCACCCUCCUGAGCGCAAGCUGGAGUCAAGACACAAGAGCAUGCCAGGCGCGGCUGAUGAUUUGGAUUUAGAUGAUGCAGAUGUCGAUGGGGAUGGCGGCAAUGCCGAUGGCGGGGCUGGGAGCGCUGAGAAGCUCGUUGAGAGGUUGCUUGGUGUCAGCAAAAAGGAUUCCUAUGUUCGCAGGCAAGAGGUUCUGGGACAUGGCAAGGACAGUUUGUCAGAGGCUAUCAUUUCCCAGUGUUUGUCAAACAUGGGCACCCUCCUUCGGUCUCCUUUUGGCGCAGAUGCCAUUGCUGAGGUUGCGACUGGGGGUGUGGAUGGCAUAUUGACAGAUUGCAGUCCAGAGGGAGUGCAGAAGAUCCAUGAGGCAGUGUUUGAGUUGUGUGCGCAGCCGAGACCAGUGGCUGUGCCCGCAGCAGAUGGUGAGAAUGUGGAAGAUGCAGGUGUUGGUGCAUCAGAUGCAAGUACUGGUGGGAAGGUGGUGGGUGGGAUUCCGGUUGUGCGCACUGGUCAACGCAAGAAACCGAUUGUGGGUGAUGCCAUGGGUGGUUGCGACAGUGGCAGUGAAGAUGGUGAUUCCAGCGAAUCCAUGCCAAAUGAUGGCUCUGAAGAAGAUGAUGACGACUUCCAGACUGCACACGAAGAUUUCGACGAAGAUUUAGGCGUAAUGGAUGACGAAUUUCCAGUCCACAACGACGCCAAUGAGAGUGGAAAAUGUUCCCCUCCGAAUCGGCACCCACUUGACGACCUGUAUGCCUCCAGGGCACUGCGGAGGAUGGUGGCUGCCUCUGCAGUUAACGGUAUAAGAGGUGCUUGUGCCAGGGACGUUGUGUCAGGCCUCUGGUUGAGAUGUUUCCAGGGGCGUUGCUCCGAGUGGGUGGGAUCCCCUGCGAAGCACAUCUUGAGUGCUCUUCUGCACUGUGGAUGUCCGGCCGUGGUGGAGGCAUGUGCCAAGGAGAUGAAGCCGCUGGUGAGCGUACCACUUGAGAAGUGGUCAGCGGAACUCAAGGCAUCAAUGGGCAAGAGGAAAGGCAAGGAUGGAGGUGGGACCAAGAAGCCCAAUUCUUGA